AUGUAUGGUUCUGGGUCACUUCACAAGCUGCUAGGUUUUUUUGAAUUUGUAGGUUUUUUACUUAUUGUUAUCCACACAAGUUUUGCUCUUUAUGGUAGUGAAGAUUUUGUGACACAGUUAAACACUGACAAUUUUGAAAGUUUUACUUCUCAACCUGGCGUAAAAGUGGUCAAAUUCUAUGCAAGUUGGUGUGGACACUGUGAAAACUUCGCUCCAAAGUUUAAAAAAGCGGCCAAACUCCUUCAAGGUGUUGUACAGUUUGGUGUGGUGGACAACGAAGUACACCAGGAUAUUGGAAAUCGAUUCAAUAUUGAAGCCUACCCAACUAUCCUUAUUUUCCGUGACAAUGGUAGUGCUAGUUCAGUCAAAUACACGGGAGUCCGGACUACCGAUGGGCUUAUAAAAUUCCUAAUGGAACAAGUCUACGAGCUCGUUGAUGUCCGUUGUAAACAACAGGGUGUGAAACUUGAUUUGUUGGCUAAGCAGGCUACCGCUGGAGCCACCAGUGGAUCUUGUGGUUCUACUGGCCAAUCAAAUAAGAGUUAUAAGGAAGACAGUCAGUCGCAGGGUUCGGAAGCUGUUAUAACAUUGACUGAGAAGAAUUUUGAUUCGCUCGUCCUGCAAAGCAAUGAUGAUUGGCUUGUUGCUUUCAUUGCGCCUUGGUGCGGACAUUGUAAAAACCUUGCUCCGGAGUGGAAGAGGGCUGCCGAACAGCUUAAAGGCAAGGUAAAGGUCGGCACCGUAGACGCAACUGUUCACACUCAACUCGCCGGGCGAUAUGAUAUUAGAGGUUUCCCCACAAUAAAGUACUUCAAAUCAGGUCUAGUUGAUGAGUAUCAAGGAGGUCGUUCAGCCGAACAAAUCGUGGCCUUCGGUUUGGAAAAAGCAGAACGAAACCGGCCACCUCCAGAGGUCUACGAAAUCGUAUCCAAUGAGGUGCUUCGAGAUGGUUGUGACGACAAGCAACUCUGCAUUAUUGCUUUUCUACCUCAACUACUUGAUUGCCAAUCAAAGUGUCGCACAACCUAUCUAGACAUACUGAGGGAAGCUGCCAAAACAAACAAAGCAAAAGACUGGGGAUGGCUGUGGUCGGCUGCUCGCACUCAUCAGGGCCUGGAAGAGGUUCUUCAAGUUGGCGGAUUCGGCUACCCUACAAUGGUUGCGAUUAAUAUGAGGAAGCAUAAAUUUGCCGUAAUGCACGGCCCUUUCGCGUCCGAGGGUAUCCGGGACUUCUUACGCGACCUCAGUCUAGGCAUGAGCUCUGUGCCUCUCGGUACUAUGUCAUCGCUGCCUGAAAUCCAAUCCAGUACACCAUGGGAUGGAAAAGAUGCAUUAGUAAGUACUUAA